AUGGUCAAGAAAGGAGGCAAGAUUAUUAGAAUCUUGGCGCUGCUAUAAUGCAAUUUGACCUCUUUGAGACGUCUCGAUUAGGCUUGAUCGAAAGAAAUGAUGAUUUGACGAGAGAGUACUCUCACAAAAACUUUAUUUUCCUUUCCUAGCCAUAUAAUGCAAGAGUGAACUAAAGGAAUGUUUCUUCCUUGCUUUGUGAGCUUCAGUGCUGAGUGAGCAACUAUGGACUUCUGAAUCUGAUUCGGCUAAUUGGUAGAACUUUAACCAAGGAGAAACUUUGGUAUAGAGGCUGCCCGAUGAUGGCGCAUCGAGCAACUUCUAUAUCUUAUAAGUGCCAAAAUGUGUUCCUCAAGGAGCUACAAGAUCAUUGUGGCUCAGGCCGAUUACAUUUAGUUUCUAAAGAAUAUAUCCUCUACCCAGAGAAUGCAGCAAGUUCAUUCCAUUUACAACUAUAGGAACUUAGCAAGGCUUAACCGGAUGCACAUUAAUUCUCAAGUUCACCUUGACCAUAAGAUUGAGAAAAUUGUGUCAAGAAGUCAAUUCCACUUGUGUCCAUUAUAUGUAUGUGAGGCAAGAUGAUUCAAUGGAUUAAUUACAGAGUCAGAGUCACUCUGACUGAUGGUCGUCAAAUGGUAGGCAAUUUUCUAGCCUUUGAUAAACACAUGAACGCAGUGCUAUCAGAUACUGAAGAAUUUCGUAAAGUAAAACCUAAAAGAUCUGGGGAAUUAGAAAAAGAGCAAAAAAGAAUGCUUGGAAUGAUACUGAUUAGAGGCGAAAACAUUGUAAGCAUCACUGCAGAAGCUCCUCCUCCACCACAAGCAAGAAAACCUGGAGAAGGUCUUGUAAUUGGAAGAGCCAAGCCAGUUGAAAAAGGAAUUGUGGGAGGAACUUUUGAUAAAGCACCACCAGGACUUGCAGGACCAAGCGUGUUGGGAGGACCUCCACCACCUCCAGUUUCAGUGAUGUUAAAUGCGCCAGGAAGGGCUCCACCUUCAAGACCACCUCCACCUGCAUUUAAUCCUUAA